AUGGACUACUCUGCAGUCGUUAAGGAGAAGACAUUGUAUGUCAACUCCUCCAUCCUAGCCGAGAAGAGCUCAUUCUUCUACAAGUUAUUUUCUAAUGGGAUGAAGGAGUCCAAGAUGGCGCACAUCACCGUAAGAAUCACUGCAUCUGAGGAAGCUCCAUUCAUGGAGCUUUUAAAAUUUAUGUACAACAAUUCUCUAUACGUGACCUCACCACCUAGAUUGCUGGAUAUCUUGAUGGCGGCGGACAAGUUCGGGGUGGCGUCCUGCAUGAUAUACUGCAUUCGAGUAUUGCUAAACAUACCCAUGACACCAGAGUUUGCGUCGCUUUACCUAGAUCUUCCUUAUAGUGUCCUAAUGACUGAAUUUGUUUGGCCAUUGGUUGUAGCAGCAAAAAAGUAUCUUGUUGCACGUUACAAGGAUGUCACAAAACAUCAAGAGGAGUUGAUGAGAUUGCCACUUGCUGGGAUCAUGGCAUUAUUAUCCAGCGAUGAGCUGCAGGUCGCAUCUGAGGAUGUACUGUAUGAAUUUGUGUUAAUGUGGGCUCGAACCCAAUACCCUAGUCUGGAAGAGAGGAGAGAAAUUCUAAGAGCAAAGCUUAUCCCCUUCAUCCGCUUUCCAUACAUGACCUUCCGCAAGCUAAAGAUGGUCCAGAGUUGUAACGAAUUUGAAAAUGAAGUCACUUCUAAGCUAGUACUUGAUGCCAUGUAUUUCAAGGCUGAGGCACCACAGCAGAAACGAAUACUAGCGGCGGAAUCGGCUUCCACUACUCGUUUCUUCAUUGAGCGGUCAUACAAGUACCGCCCUAUUAAAGUGGUUGAAUUUGAACAUCCACAACAACAAUGUGUGGUAUACUUAGACCUGAGGAGGGAGGAGUGUGCCAACUUGUUCCCCUCUGGACAAGUCUGUUCACGACCCUUCCAUUUAGGUGGUCAUGUGUUUUUCUUGUCAGCGCAUUGCAAUAUGGACCCGCAGAGCUCCUACCAUUGCUUCGGCUUGUGCUUUGGCAUGUAUGAGAAUGAUUCUACGAACUGCGGUGUUGACUAUGAAUUUGAAGUUCGAUCGAGGCCAACCUUAGAAUAUAUUUGCAAAUUUAAAGGAAACUUUAUAUUUACCGGGGGAAGAGAAGCAGUCGGUUUCAAGAAUUUUUUUUCUACGCCAUGGACAUCGUUCAUGGCAGAGGACAACCUCUACUUUAUUGACGAUGUUCUCCAUCUUAAAGUAGAUCUAACAGUGAGAAACUAG